CGUGGUUGUUGGGAGUAUUUUUCAAAAGAACCACUAGUUCUGCAAACAUGAAUGUGUAGAAGAACUUGAAUUUAAAUGGGACUUUUUGCUAAUAGCAAGCAGGAGGCGCCUUCCAUGGGAUGGAUCACUGAUAAAUAUUUGUUGAAUGAGAAAUACCUAUUGCUCCAAGCAAGUUAAGCCUGUGUUUCUGUCUUCCAAGACUUUUUUUUUUUUUUUCCUGCUUCUAUGGCUUUGACACUUCACAUUAAAUUGCUAUAUAGUGGACUACAAAGUAUUGGUUUCACUUUGAGAAUGGAUUGGGAAAAGGAAGAGCAAAAGCAAUGACAUUGUACUACUACAAUUACUGAAGUAAGACUUGGUGCUAGCUUGAACUAGGAGUUGCAUAUGCAGAGAUGAAGGAAAGGGUUACGUGCUUAAGUUUUUUAAAAAUUUAAGUUAUAAUGGACAUUCAGAAACAUAUAUAAAUCAUAAGAAUAUGCUAUCUGACAUACUACAAAGUAAACACAUCUCUGAAACAGCCACCCAUGUCAAGGAAUAGAAUGUUGUAGUUAUUGGCACCCCAGAGGACCCCCUCAGACUCCUUUCCAGUUAUCACACCCUUUCAGCCUUCCAGAGGAUUCUGACACUUCAUGACAUGUCGUUACCUAAAGCAGUAAUGAACAUUGACCUGUCUCGGAUUAGUUGAUGACUUUUGGAAAUGAUCCAAUAAUAUCUGCUACAGAGAAGUGGGUACUUCCUUUGGAACGAAUAACCCAAAUUGUUAGUGAAUUUUUCAAGAUGACAGAUCCAAUGAUGGACUUUUUUGAUGAUGCCAAUCUUUUUAGUGAGACCUUAGAAGGUUUGUCAGAUGAUGCAUUUGUACAACCAGGACCUGUUUCACUAGUUGAUGAAUUGAACUUGGGUGCAGAAUUUGAACCUUUGCACAUAGACUCAUUGAACCAUGUUCAAGGUACUCCAACGCAUCAGAAGAUGACUGAUUAUGAACAGUUAAAUCAGUUUGAUUCAGUGAAAUUUCAUCAGGUUAAUCAGUCUUUUGGUAGCCCGGCUGAACAUGUGUUAUCUCCACACUCUCAGUUUAAUUGUUCUCCAAUCCACCCCCAAAACCAACCCAAUGGUUUAUUUCCAGAUGUAGCAGAUGGCAGUCCAAUGUGGGGCCAUCAGACAGCUACUAGCAUUUCAAAUCAAAAUGGGUCUCCUUUUCACCAACAAGGACAUUCUCACUCUAUGCAUCAAAACAAAAGCUUUGUGGCACACCAUGACUUUGCCUUAUUUCAGGCCAAUGAACAACACACACAGUGCACUUCACUGCGCUCGCAACAAAACAGGAAUAAUCUUAACCCAGGGCAAAAUUCUGUCAGCCAGUCUAAAAAUUUUAUGGAUGUUAAUGUUUCUGGUCCACACAGAGUCAGUGUCAACCACCCACCACAGAUUACCAAUGCAUCUACUUCACAGCAGUCUCUUUUGAUGCAACAGUUUUCUCAAACAUCAAAUCCUUCAGUACACUUUCUCAAGUGUAGCAACCGGCAAGAAGGAAAUUUUAAUGGACCUUCUCCAAAUAUGACAUCUUGUUCUGUCAGUAACUCACAGCAAUUUUCUUCACAUUAUUCCUUUUCUAGUAAUCACGUAUCACCAAAUAGUCUUCUCCAGUCCUCUGCAGUUCUUGCACCCAAUCAUACAAAUCAGACUUUAUCUGAUUUCUCUGGAAGUAAUUCCUUUUCACCUCAUAGGGGAGUCAAGCAAGAAUCUACUCAGCAUAUGCUCAAUCCCAAUACAUCACUGAAUUCAAGUAAUUUCCAAAUGUUGCAUUCAACACAUCCUCAGGGUAAUUACAGCAAUUCAAAAUUAUCUCCUGUGCACGUGAACUUCCAGGAUCCUGUUGACUCAGGAACGCAAAUGGGCCAUUUCAAUGAUCAUGUAGAAACUAAUGGCUUUUCAACUUUAGAAGAGAAUUUACUUCAUCAAGUGGAGUCUCAAACUGAGCCAUUCACAGGACUUGAUCCAGAAGACCUCCUUCAGGAGGGUCUCCUUCCCCAGUUUGAUGAGUCAGCGUUUGGGCAAGAUAAUUCAAGUCAUGUUUUAGAUCAUGACCUUGAUCGGCACUUUACUUCACAUCUUGUGACACGGCCUUCUGAUGUGGCUCAAACUCAGUUUCAUUCUCAGGCUCGGAGCUGGCAUUCAUCAAUUUCUAAUCAUCAGCAUUUACAUGACAGAAAUCGCCUAUGUUUACAGCGACAGCCUCCGUCUUCCAAGAAGAAUGAUGGUUCUGGGACAUACACUAAGUUGCAGAAUACCCAGGUGAGGAUCAUGUCCGAGAAGAAGCAGAGAAAAAAGGUGGAAUCAGAAAGCAAGCAAGAAAAGGCCAAUCGUAUAAUAUCAGAGGCCAUAGCCAAAGCAAAGGAGCGUGGGGAGCGCAAUAUCCCACGAGUCAUGAGCCCUGAGAACUUUCCUAGUGCUUCAGUUGAAGGAAGAGAGGAGAAGAGAGGCAGAAGGAUGAAAGCCAAGCCAAAGGACAAAGAGAGCAAAAAAGCAAGAACUUGUUCUAAGUUAAAAGAGAAGUCAAAAAUUGGCAAACUCAUUAUUACAUUGGGUAAGAAACAAAAAAGAAAGAAUGAGUCUUCAGAUGAAAUAUCUGAUGCAGAGCAGAUGCCACAGCGUGCAUGCAAAGAGGAAGACUCUCAAAAAAGAAGAUCAAAUCGACAAAUUAAAAGGAAAAAGUACGCAGAAGAUGGAGAGGGGAAACAAUCUGAGGAAGAGGUUAAAGGUUCUAUGAAAAUAAAAAAGAAUUCAGCUCCUUUACCUGGGGAACAGCCUUUACAGUUAUUUGUGGAGAAUCCAAGUGAAGAAGAUGCAGCAAUUGUGGACAAAAUAUUAUCUUCGAGAAUUGUGAAAAAGGAAAUAUCACCUGGAGUGAUGAUUGAUACAGAAGAAUUUUUUGUAAAAUACAAGAAUUACUCCUAUCUUCACUGUGAAUGGGCCACAGAACAGCAGCUUUUGAAAGAUAAAAGGAUCCAGCAGAAAAUCAAACGAUUCAAAUUGAGACAAGCACAAAGAGCACAUUUUUUUGCAGACAUGGAAGAAGAACCAUUUAACCCAGACUACGUUGAAGUAGACAGAGUGUUAGAAGUCUCUUUUUGUGAGGAUAAAGAUACUGGUGAGCCCGUCAUUUACUACUUAGUAAAGUGGUGCUCAUUACCAUAUGAAGAUAGCACCUGGGAACUAAAAGAAGAUGUAGAUCUUGCAAAAAUAGUAGAGUUUGAACAAUUGCAAUCUUCAAGACCUGACACAAGACAUUUGGAACGUCCUCCCUCUAAUAUUUGGAAAAAAAUAGAUCAAUCCAGGGACUAUAAAAAUGGUAAUCAACUCAGGGAAUAUCAACUGGAAGGACUCAACUGGCUUUUGUUCAAUUGGUACAAUAGACGAAACUGCAUUUUAGCAGAUGAAAUGGGUCUUGGCAAAACAAUUCAAUCAAUUACAUUCCUCUACGAAAUCCUUCUGACUGGUAUAAGAGGACCUUUCCUGAUUAUUGCUCCACUUUCUACUAUUGCAAACUGGGAGAGAGAAUUUCGUACGUGGACUGAUAUUAAUGUUGUGGUUUAUCAUGGGAGCCUGAUUAGCAGACAGAUGAUACAGCGGUAUGAGAUGUACUUCAGGGACUCACAGGGGCGUAUCAUUCGAGGAGCUUACAGAUUCCAAGCCAUCAUCACCACUUUUGAAAUGAUUCUUGGAGGAUGUGCAGAGCUUAAUGCAAUUGAAUGGCGAUGUGUGAUCAUUGAUGAAGCACAUAGGUUAAAAAACAAAAAUUGUAAACUUCUAGAAGGUCUGAAACUCAUGAAUCUGGAACACAAGGUGCUUUUGACAGGCACACCUCUCCAAAACACAGUAGAAGAACUAUUCAGUCUUCUUCACUUUCUAGAACCUUUAAGGUUUCCUUCUGAACCAACAUUUAUGCAAGAAUUUGGGGAUCUGAAAACAGAGGAACAGGUGCAGAAACUUCAGGCUAUACUGAAACCGAUGAUGUUGAGACGAUUGAAGGAAGAUGUGGAGAAGAAGUUGGCACCAAAAGAAGAAACCAUCAUUGAAGUGGAACUUACUAACAUUCAAAAGAAAUACUACCGGGCUAUUUUGGAGAAGAACUUUUCAUUUUUAUCCAAAGGAGCAGGACAGACUAAUGUACCUAACUUGGUCAAUACCAUGAUGGAGCUCAGGAAGUGCUGUAACCAUCCAUAUCUUAUCAAAGGUGCUGAGGAGAAAAUACUUGGAGAAUUUAGAGAUACAUAUAAUCCAGCUGCUUCUGAUUUUCAUCUCCAAGCAAUGAUCCAGUCUGCUGGUAAAUUGGUCCUUAUUGAUAAAUUGCUUCCCAAAAUGAAAGCAGGAGGUCAUAAAGUGCUCAUCUUCUCUCAGAUGGUACGCUGCCUUGACAUCCUGGAGGACUAUCUUAUACAUAAAAGGUAUUUAUAUGAGCGAAUUGAUGGCAGAGUCAGAGGAAAUCUUCGACAAGCUGCUAUAGAUCGAUUUAGUAAGCCUGACUCAGAUCGAUUUGUUUUCCUGCUGUGUACCCGAGCUGGUGGGCUGGGCAUCAACUUAACUGCUGCUGAUACAUGUAUAAUUUUUGACUCUGAUUGGAAUCCUCAAAAUGACCUUCAGGCCCAAGCUCGUUGUCACAGAAUUGGUCAGAAUAAAGCAGUUAAAGUCUACCGAUUAGUAACUCGUAACUCAUACGAGAGGGAGAUGUUUGACCGAGCCAGUCUGAAACUGGGUCUAGACAAGGCUGUGUUACAGAGCAUGAGUGGAAGAGAAAGUAAUGUUGGUGGUAUUCAACAGCUUUCCAAAAAGGAAAUAGAAGAUCUGCUUCGAAGAGGAGCUUAUGGUGCCAUUAUGGAAGAAGAAGAUGAAGGUUCUAAAUUCUGUGAAGAGGACAUUGAUCAGAUUUUACUACGACGUACAAAAACUAUUACAAUUGAGUCAGAAGGACGUGGGUCAACAUUUGCUAAGGCGAGUUUUGUGGCAUCUGGAAAUCGGACAGAUAUUUCCUUAGAUGAUCCCAACUUCUGGCAAAAAUGGGCUAAAAAGGCAGAAAUAGAUAUAGAUACCAUCAGUGGUAGAAACAGCUUGGUUAUUGACACUCCAAGAAUUAGGAAGCAAACAAGACCCUUUAGUGCCACAAAAGAUGAAUUGGCUGAAUUAUCUGAAGCCGAAAGUGAAGGAGAAGAAAAGCCCAAACUCCGGAGGCCCUGUGACCGUUCUAAUGGAUAUGGAAGAACUGAAUGCUUUAGAGUAGAGAAAAAUCUGCUGGUUUAUGGAUGGGGCCGAUGGAGAGAGAUUCUAUCUCAUGGUCGUUUUAAAAGACAGCUAAACGAGCAUGAUGUAGAAAUAAUUUGCCGAGCCCUCUUAGCAUAUUGCCUUGUUCACUACCGAGGAGAUGAGAAAAUAAAAGGCUUCAUAUGGGACCUCAUUACUCCAACCGAAGAUGGACAAACUCGAGAGCUUCAGAAUCAUCUAGGCCUAUCAGCCCCCGUACCCAGGGGCCGAAAAGGGAAGAAAGUAAAGACCCAGACAAGCUCAUUUGAUAUACAGAAAGCAGAAUGGCUUCGAAAAUAUAAUCCUGAGCAGCUACUUCAAGAUGAAGGCUACAAAAAACAUAUAAAGCACCACUGUAAUAAGGUUUUGCUUCGUGUAAGAAUGCUUUAUUAUCUAAAGCAAGAAGUCAUUGGAAAUGAGUGCCAGAAAGUAUUUGAUGGAGUUGAUGCAAGUGACAUUGAUGUUUGGGUCCCAGAACCAGACCACUCAGAAGUUCCUGCUGAAUGGUGGGAUUUUGAUGCUGAUAAGUCACUCCUUAUUGGAGUUUUUAAACAUGGCUAUGAGAAAUAUAACACUAUCCGAGCAGACCCGGCAUUAUGCUUCUUGGAAAGAGUGGGGAAGCCCGACGAAAAAGCAGUGGCUGCAGAACAGAGGGCAAAUGAUUACAUGGACGGGGAUGUGGAAGAUCCAGAAUACAAACCUGCCCCGGCUUUCUUUAAAGAUGACAUAGAGGAUGAUGUUUCCUCACCAGGAGAUCUUGUUAUAGCAGAUGGAGAUGGUCAACUGAUGGAGGGUGAUAAAGUUUAUUGGCCUACUCAGUCGGCUUUAACCACACGUUUGAGGCGUCUCAUCACUGCAUAUCAGCGCACUAAUAAAAAUAGACAAAUCCAGCAAAUCCAACCUACUUUCUCAGUGCCUGCCAACGUCGUGCAGCCUCUUUAUGAAGAAGCCACUCUUAAUCCUAAAAUGGCAGCCAAGAUAGAAAGACAGCAAAGAUGGACAAGAAGAGAAGAAGCUGACUUUUACAGAGUGGUGUCUACAUUUGGAGUGGUAUUUGAUCCUGACAGAGGUCAAUUUGAUUGGACAAAAUUUAGAGCUAUGGCUAGGCUACAUAAGAAAACUGACGAUAGCUUGGAGAAAUAUUUGUAUGCAUUCAUGUCUAUGUGUCGGAGGGUUUGCCGUCUUCCUUCCAAAGAAGAAUUGGUGGAUCCAAAUAUUUUUAUUCAGCCAAUCACAGAAGAACGUGCUUCUAGGACUUUGUAUCGCAUUGAACUUCUAAGGAAAGUAAGGGAACAGGCGCUCCGCCAUCCGCAAUUGUGUGAACGCUUGAAGCUUUGCCAUCCAAAUCCAGACUUGCCAGUCUGGUGGGAAUGUGGCCCUCAUGAUAGGGACUUGCUUAUUGGAGCCGCUAAACACGGGGUGAGCCGAACAGACUAUCACAUCCUUCGUGAUCCUGAACUCUCAUUUAUGGCAGCACAGAGGAGCUACAGUCAGAAUAGGAUGGCUCAUUCAAGGACCUCCACGCUGCUGUUACAGCAAUAUCAAGUAGCACUUUCUGCUUCUCCUCUGACCUCUCUACCUAGGGUCCUGGAUGCUAAAGGUACUGCUCUAGAGGACCUGAAAGUGAAAAAUGAAAACCUGAAAGAGGAGCCUCAGUCUUCGGAAGAGGAAUCCAUGUCUUCUGAGGAAACCAGGACACUAAUAAAGUCUGAGCCUGUAAGUCCAAAGAAUGGUGUUUUACCACAGGCUGCUGGAGACCAGAAAUCUGGCGGGAAAGGGGAAGCAGAUAGACGCAUGGUUGCCGCCAGAACAGAACCCCUGACUCCAAACCCUGCGUCUAACAAACAGCGCGUCCACAAAAGAGGGUCAGCAUCUAGUUCAGACUCUGACUCUGAUUCCGAGAGGUCCUCCUGUUCUUCCAGAUCGUCGUCUUCCUCGUCUUCCUCCUCCUCUUGUUCCCACUCUCGUUCAGGCUCCAGUUCUUCUUCAUCCUCCUCUUGUUCUUCAGCAUCGUCUUCAUCCUCAUCGUCUUCCUCCUCCUCCUCCUCCUCUUCAUCGUCAUCAGAAGAAAGUGACAGUGAAGAAGAGGAAGUCCAAAAGCGAGGAGGUACCCCUCACAUGAAAGCCUACGAUGAAGAAAGCGUUGCAUCACUGAGCACUACCCAGGAUGAGACCCAGGACAGCUUCCAGAUGAACAAUGGGACACCAGAGUCUGCCUACAUCUUACACAGUGGAUACAUGCUGGCAGCUUCCUAUUGGCCAAAGGAUCGUGUGAUGAUUAACCGGUUGGACAGUAUUUGUCAAACAGUUCUGAAAGGGAAGUGGCCUUCAGCUAGAAGAAGUUAUGAUGCCAACACAGUGGCUUCUUUCUAUACCACAAAGCUGCUGGACAGCCCUGGCGCAGCCACAGAGCUUCGCGAGCCCCGUGUGCCCACUCCUCCCCGUGCCGGUGUGAAGGAAGAACAUGAUCAGUCAGCACAGAUGUCAAAGGUGAAGAAGCAUGUACGAGAAAAGGAGUUUACAGUGAAAAUCAAAGACGAAGGUGGUUUGAAGCUGACAUUUCAGAAGCAAGGAUUUGCUCAGAAAAGGCCACCCGACACUGAAGACUGUGGGCUGGGCCAGCAGCAGCACCUCCCUCGGCUGCGGGAGCUCCAAGGUGCAUCCGAGACCAGCCUUGCCAGUGUUGCAAAGUGUACGCCCGUGUCAGGUACUUCCAAUCAAUCUGCUGCUGGUGCCAAUGGAGUUAUAUUAGACAACCAGCCUAUAGUCAAAAAAAGGCGGGGAAGGAGGAAGAAUGUAGAAGGUGUUGACAUCCUCUUUUUUAACAAAAAUAAACCACCCAAUCAUGUUACUUUGGGCUUAACCACCUCCCAAAUUACUCCAGGGAUAAACCCAGCACUGUCCUAUCCUCAGCCUCAAGGCAUUCCUGACACAGAAAGUCCAGUCCCAGUCAUUCACCUGAAAGAUGGAACAAGACUUGCUGGUGAUGAUGCACCGAAGAGAAAGGAUUUGGAAAAAUGGCUUAAGGAGCACCCAGGUUAUGUGGAAGAUUUAGGAGCUUUUAUUCCUAGAAUGCAGCUCCAUGAAGGGAGGCCCAAACAAAAAAGGCAUCGCUGUAGAAACCCCAAUAAACUAGACGUCAACAGUCUCACUGGGGAAGAACGUGUCCAGCUGAUUAACAGAAGAAAUGCCAGAAAGGUUGGAGGUGCAUUUGCUCCUCCUCUGAAAGAUUUGUGUAGAUUCCUGAAAGAAAAUUCAGAAUAUGGAGUCGCUCCUGAAUGGGGAGAUGUUGUUAAACAAUCUGGAUUUCUUCCAGAAAGUAUGUACGAACGUAUUCUCACUGGCCCUGUUGUGAGAGAGGAAGUAAGCAGGCGAGGGAGACGGCCUAAAAGUGGAAUUGCGAAGGCCACAGCCGCGGCGGCGGCUGCCAAUGCCACCAGUGUUGCAGGCAGUCCUUUGUUAGCCAAUGGAUUACUUCCAGGUAUGGAUCUCACAACUCUUCAGGCCUUACAACAAAACCUACAAAACUUGCAGUCACUGCAAGUAACCGCAGGGCUGAUGGGAAUGCCUGCCGGCCUUUCUUCUGGAGGAGAAGCUAAAAACGUGGCCGCCAUGUUCCCCAUGCUGCUGUCAGGAAUGCCUGGAUUACCAAAUCUGUUGGGCAUGGGCGGACUCUUGACAAAGCCUGCAGAAUCUGGAACAGAAGAGAAAAAGGGAAAUGACUGUAAGGAGCUAGAAGGAAAAAAAGAAAGGACAGAGAGCCAAAAUUCAGAGAAUGGUGGAGAAAACUCUGUGUCAAGUUCUCCUUCAACAUCCUCUACUGCUGCAUUAAAUGCAGCUGCAGCUGCCAACUCCCUAGCUCUUAACCCACUGCUACUAUCUAAUAUACUCUAUCCAGGGCUUCUCACUCCAGGCCUUAAUCUUCAUAUUCCAGCUUUGUCCCAGUCCAAUACUUUUGAUGUACAGAAAAGCAAGAGCAGUGACUUAGGCUCGUCUAAGUCUGUGGAAGUAAAGGAAGAAGAAUCCAGAGUUAGCGAUCAGGAAGACAAAGGGGGAACCGAGCCGAGUCCUCUCAAUGAAAACAGCACAGAUGAGGGUUCAGAGAAAGCCGAUGCUUCCUCUGGAUCUGACAGUACCUCGUCGUCAUCCGAGGACUCAGAUUCUAGUAACGAAGACUGAUUCCUAGACGAUGCUUAAAUUAUGAACUUGUUUUGGAUUUUUUUUUCUUUAAUCAUUCAUUGUAAAUACCCCAGUGUGGAGUGCAUCCAUAACUUACUGACCGAACAUUUCAGUUAUUUGUUUAGAAGUGCAAACUGCUAUCAGAGACAUUUUGCAUGUAAUAUUUCUUAAGGUUCAUAAGUUUUUGAACUCGUAUGUACUAUCAACUACAUAAAGGUGUAAAAUUACAACAAAAGGCAUUAUAAUUUUGUUGGGGGUUAAUUUUAUGAAAAUUAUGCUCAGUAAGAGUUGUAUAUUUAAUAUAUUUGCAGUGAACACAGAAUACUUUAUGCAUAUUACUGAUUUAAUUUGAAUAUAGUUUUACAGCCUCCUUGACACCUAUAAUUUACAGAUCAAAACUCAGCAAUAAUUUGGGCAGCUAAUGAAUGUCAUGAAAGCUGUAGAAUCUACAUCACCAUUCAUUGCUUUAAUUACAUGAAAAUGCUCUAGUGUUUUGAUGCACUGCUGAUGUUUCCAAUUCAGGUACAAGUGUGUUUGGAAAAAGAAAUAAGUUUCCCAAUCAGCCAAUUUAACUGGCUACCUGUUACCUCAGCUGAGUUAGUUUAGGAAGUUUACAUUCGUUUCUAAUUCUAUACUUGUUUUCAGGGGUUUUUUAAACACAUCCUCUAUAUCAUGUUAAUCUGGCAAGAAAUAUGACUUGCUUUUCGCUGAACUUAACUCUGAUAUUAGUAAAGUCAAGUCAUAAAAUAAUCCUGUGUCAUGUGACUUUGGCACCCUCUAGACAUACUUAGUUUUAACUUCACAAAGUCUGGCCUCCCAUUAGAAAUAAUUAUAUCUCAGAUGAGUAAUGUCUGCUUCCCAGGGUUCUGAAAAGGCAAACUCAUGAAAUGCCACUGAAAAGAACUUUCAGCACAGCAUACUUCAUGUAAAAGGAUUGUUCGUUUGCUUUAUUUGUGUAGAUUCCUAGUUGUGUUUUAUGUUAUGGUAAUAUUUCAAAAUGAACAGAUAACAUAUGCAAACAGUCUAAAUUCAUCUUGAGUUUCUUCUAGGUGUAAGCAGACAAAAUGUUGCCCAGAAUCAGUGUUGGGUGUUCAGUUUAUAUUAAAUAUACUGAGUCGCCCAUUUUGAAAAUGCACUUUGAAUAAUCUCAAAAAAAUACACGCGCUAUACCUGUAAACCACAAAAUGAAGCCCAAGGCUUCUGCUCAGUUUCUUAGAGCCCUUUAUUUACCGUGUAAAAUUUGUCUGAUACUUGAUUUGUGAUACAAUUUCUCCUUCUAAAGCUGCUAUUAUUCUGACAAGGUAGAGGUCCAGGUUUAUCUGCAAAUACAUAUAAAACAACUGAAUUGGAUGUAAAAUACCACUUAUAUCCUAAGGAGAGAUAAAUGUUAGCAUUCUUCUGGUACUUGAAUAAGUCAGUGAUAAAGUUUGCAAGGGGAUACAGUUAGGGUGGAAAAUGUACUCCACUUUCACUGGAAAAAAAACUUUCGGUAUGUUUUGAUGAUAGAAAUCUAUUGCUUUGUCAUGAAUUAAGCAAUUAUAUUGGAUUUUACAAGACAUUUAACAGUAAAUUGUUUCUGUAUGUAAAAUAACUAGCCCCUUAUUAGAGAGACAGUGUUAUAUGUACUUACAAAAGUUAUGGAAGUUCCAUUGGGAUGGUAUUGAUCUUUGUAUUUUUCCAAAGUAGUACUUUGAAUUGCUAGUCCUUUAUGCAAUGUCUUAGCAAUAGUCACUCUAAUUGCCCCUCCAGGAGAAGUGGGCAGUAAUUUUUCAUCAUGAAAACGAUAUAUUAUACAUUUAGUCACUUCCCUUUGCAGUAUUGCACUUUUGUUUAACCAGAGUACACCUUUGAGAUAGCCAAAGUUUUUCAAACACAGUACACUUAGGUUGCCGAUGGAGUAUUUCAUCACCAUCCAUAGCUCCCUUCCCUCACUCUACUUCUACCCACAUGAUCUUUAUUCUUUUCCCCAAUUAAAAAAAAGAAAGAAAGAUAAGAAAAAGGGGGGGGAAAGCCCUAGAUCUUGUCACUAAAAUCUAAUUUAUAUCAAAUUUAUGAGAUAAAGUAUUUUCCUAAUUAAUGCUCAAGUGAAUUUGGUUAACAUCUUAGUGAUUCCCUUUCUAUGUAGUAAGGUAAUUGCAGUUUUAAAAAUAUUAAGGCUGAUAUUAACUUUAAACAUUCUCUUGGGUUUUGAGACACUUCUAUUUAUUAUUGAUUGGGGGAAAGUUAUCCAGCUAUCAGGUUUUUUAAAAAACAAACAAACAUGCAAAUAUGGUUGUAGAGAGUUAAGGGUUAUAAGGAAAAAUAUCAGUAGAAUUACAUAAUACUAAAGUUGCCGUUGAAAGAAUAUCCAAGUAUGUGUUGGUAGUUACUAAAAGAAUUAUAGCUGUUAUUGCCUUGUAUUUAUAGUCCUUGUUUCAGGUUUCAUGAUACAAGUCUUAGUCCAACUUUUCUUUUGGACAUUUGCAAUAUUUACCAGUUGUGUUUUGUGUAGUCUGAAUUUGCUUUCUGUAGUUGAGCAAACGUCUUAAAAAGUCAUUUGUAAUUUAUUAAAUUACUUUCUAUGAUGUUCUAUAGAGCAAAUGGAAGUUUAAUUAUUUUUUAUUAAACAUAUUCUUUGACUACCCAC